UAAUGGCGCUUACAUUUGUAGUUUUGACAGCAUGUGUGACAUUAAUUGUCAAUAUUUGCACUAUAUCAUGCAGCAAUGACAUUGAUCCAAAUGGAUACGUUUUGUAUUGUCCCUGUAUGGGCAGAUUUGGUAAUCAAGUGGAUCACUUUCUUGGAGCAUUAGCUUUUGCUAGUGGACUAAAUAGGACAUUAGCCCUUCCACCAUGGGUUGAAUAUAGAACCGGACAUUCAAGAUCAAUACAAGUUCCUUUUGAUACAUACUUUGAAAUAGAGCCUUUGAAGGAAUACCAUAGAGUAAUUACAAUGGAAAGUUUUAUGCAAAAUAUAGCUCCAACGAUAUGGCCACAAGGAAAAAGAAAAGUCUUCUGCUAUUCUUCUCGAGGAGAUGGAAAUGAUUGCAAUGCAAAAGAUGGAAAUCCUUUUGGGCCAUUUUGGGAUACAUUUGAUGUAGAUUUUGAUGAAUCUGUCUUUUAUAAUCCUUUACAUUAUGAUGUCCAUUAUCAUGACACAAGUAAAAGGUGGAAUAAAAGGUUUCCUCCUGAAGAAUACCCUGUAUUGGCUUUUACUGGUGCACCUGCUCCAUUUCCUGUUCAAGAAGAAAAUAGAAAGCUUCAAGAAUAUUUGAUUUGGAGUGACUUGGUCCUCAAGAAAGCCAAAGAUUUUAUCAAGUCGAUGGAACCAAAAGGACCAUUUGUUGGAAUACAUUUGCGAAAUGGUAUGGAUUGGGUAAGAGCUUGUGAGCAUAUUGAGCACAGUCCACUAUUGUUUGCUGCUCCUCAAUGUUUAGGAUACAAAAAUGAAUUUGGAAAAGCAACUCGUGAACUCUGUUUCCCAACCAAAGAUACCGUUUUGAAGCAGCUGAGACGUGUUGUGAAAGCGCUUAGAGCCAGAUCUGUUUUUGUUGCAUCAGACAGUGAUCAUAUGAUUUAUGACAUUGAGAAGUCUUUGAAAGAUUUAAAAGUAAAAGCUUACAAACUUUCUGAAUCCGACCCUCAUGUUGAUCUAGCAAUACUUGGACUGUCAAACCAUUUUAUUGGUAAUUGUAUUUCUUCAUUUACAGCAUUUGUAAAACGGGAGCGGGAUGUAAAUAACUUGCAAUCUUCUUUUUGGGCCUUUCCAGUUAAACAGGAAAAUGAUGCUGUGAACCGAAAUCACGAUGAGUUUUAGCUUUUCUUUUUUAAUUUUUAAAUUCCUUUCAUUUUAAAAUUUUUAAUCUUUGGUUAAGAUUAGACUGUAUAGUCUGCCAAAUCUUUUACCAAUAUUGUUAGUUGGUUGGAAGCAAAUAUUACCUGUAGAUUUCUUUUGCAUUUAUCUAUAAUGCACACAUUAAAUAUCAAGUAAGUACAACAAGCACCUUGACAAAAGCAAUUGCAAUUUCAGUGAUGAUGAAUUACUGUCAUUUUUCAUAAGUUUUUGCUUGUGCUUAGCAAACAAAAAUGUACUAGGCAACUUAAUGUGACUGGCAAUUUUAUUUUAUAGGUUUUAUCUUUUAUUGUAUAUAUUAAUGAAGAGGCAUGAUUAUAAACGUAAAAAAAUGAGAUAUUUUAUGUAGAAAUGGAGAACAAAUGCAAACUAACAAGGAAGAACAAAUCCUUGUGAUAAAUUUUAGUCAAUUGUUAUACAUAAACAAUUCAGCCUUCAAAUUAAUUUAUAACCAAUGUUCGACAAAAACGGGAAAAUCGAAAAAGCCAGAGAAAAUUUUUAGGCACCAGAUAAUUUAUCUUUUAAGAAUUCAAAAGAAUUUCUAGUAUAAGAUAGCUUCUGAAUAAACUACUAGCCAAGGCAUCUUUUUUUAUGCUCUGGUUUUGUCGAACCCUAAUUAUAACUAUUGAAAACGUGUUACAUGAUAUAAUAGUGUUUUUUUUUCUUUUAAUUUUUAUUUCAUUUAAAAACCAAGAAGCUGUAGAAAUGUGAUUAAUCUUACUCUAUUUUAUGGUUUUUAAUUAUAUGUUUGUGUACUGUGCAGAAUAGUCAAGAAUCAAAUAUUGCUUUCAGUAAAGUAAGACAACGUUAGAAAAAGCACAAAUUUGCCAGUUACAGCAGACACGUGUUUCGGCGUUACAGGGAACGCCGAAACACAUGUCUGCCUGUAAUUGGCAAAUUUGUGCUUUUUCUAACGUUGUUUGUCUUACUUUACUGUUCAGACAAAGGUAUUUAUUUAUCUUAUUGCCUUCAGGUUCAUUUCAUAAAUUUUCUUUUAAAGUUUUUAUCUUAUGGAAUUGCAUGACAAUUGGUUUCACAUAUUUCAUGUGAAAAUAUACAAAAAAGAGCUCUUUAUUUUGUAUUGUGAAUAUUAAACAUUUGGGGUGUGGCUGAAGAUCAAGAUCGAAAAAUUUUCCGGUUGACAGUGGCGAGUAGAAAGAAAUUUAUUAGUUGCAAUUCCUUUCUUUUUUCCCUAGCUGUCAAUUUUGUUGCAAAACCAAAAAAAGUAACUUAACAUUAAAUAAGUUUUUCAAUUGGCUACUAAGUCAGUAUGCACGAUUAUGCUUCCGUUAUUCACCAUUCCCAUCAGCUUUUGACAAUUCAUCAUGUUGUACGAUCAUGAUGAAGAUAUAUUGUUGAAGUAACUUUUCGCUGCCAAUAGAGGGAACUAAUGAUAAUACAGGUUGAGUUGGGGAGAAGGUGGCAAAUGAUACUGAUGUUUUUGGUUGCCGCUUUUUUUAUUUAGUUGUCUUUUGACAAGUGGAGACUGCUAAGCUUGUUCUAAUUGUUGCUGAUGAAUAACUGUUAUUGAACAAUUUCCUAUUGAAAUAUGUUAAACUAUUUUAUUUACCAUAAUUUUUAGCCUCUGAUUUGCAUUUCAAAACUCCCAACUGUUUUUUUAGUUUACUCCUUGGAAAAAAGGGACCUGUAUUCUUUUCUCUUUUUUUUUUUUUUUUUCAAAAACAUACCAAAAAGAGACCCUAAUCUUAACUUCUAAAGGUUAAAAUUUGGAAUGUACUGAUUAAUUCGUAGUAAUUGAUGAAUUAAUUGACUGAAAAAUUAUUUUUUAAAUUAAAAUUACCUGAAAGAUUUGAUUAGAACAAGAAACUGUGCUGAAUGAAUUUAUUGCAUGUAAGCAAUAUUUUAACUCUAGCUAUUGUGCCCCUAUUAGGUUCAAAAUUUACAAAUGAUCAUGGUUAAGGUAGCUUAGCUACACCAUCUCUAUGAAACCAAAAGUCUCCAAGAAGUCCAGAAAUAAAUUCAGAUCUCUUAAAAUUAUGAGAACCGUGAAAUUUAAGCACUUGGAAUAUGAUUGGGAGAGGCCUGAUUGCUCCUGCAACAAUCGCAGUCUGGAAGCUGUUUCUCCCCUUGGUGAAAAGCAAGGGAUUUGAUGUGUCCAUUCAAAAAGCACGAUGGAUAUUGAACUGGUGAGACCAUCAAGGUCUUCAAUCAAAACACUAUGAAUGAUCAGGUGGAACCUGACGAAUUACAUUCAACUCCAUCCUUUUUGCUCGAGAAGAUUUCUGAGAAAGUCGGAACUACUGCUAUUUUCCCGGGCCUUUUUAAAAGCAGUCUUGGCCAGGGAAUCGACUUUCCUCUUUUCGAUCAAGCCAAAAUCGGAGGGAACCCAUUGAAAGUAUAUAGAAUGUCUAUCAAAAAGCUGAAUCACGAGAUCUAGAAUAUUCAUGCUUGUCAAGUCCCCAAAAGUCAUCAAUUGAGAAGGUACUGUGCAGAGGAACGUCUGUUCGUUCAGAUCCUAAUAUCCUCGAAGUCAAAAUCUGUGGUCGUGUGUAUAAAAUGUAAUCCUCUUACAUUUUAUAUAGAUAGCUAUUAAUCCUUUUUUGGAAAAGGAAGUAAAAAACUAACUUUUGAGGACUUAAAACUAAAAAAGGGAUUUUUAGAGAGGAAAACAGACCAGUUGGGAGCCGUGGCACUUCUUCCAUAGCUAAUAUUCAAAUUUGUUGGGGCUGCUUUGCUAGCCCUUUCUGUAGUUAUUGUAUACCCACCAACUAUGAAACUCAAAACCAAAUUCACCAAAAUUCUAAAGAUAGAAAACUAAAUACAUUAAUCAUAUUAACUGAAUUCUACUUGAAGACUCUCUCUUUUUUUAAAUAGUAAAAUUUUCACAUUUUUAUCACUUGCAAACUAUAGGCUUGAAGUUAUGGUACUUAAUGGUAAAAAGAUAUUACUUGAAUUGGAGAUAAAAAUAUGAAACAAAAAUUAUGCUGUCAAAAGCACAUUCCAUGACAGAAAACAGCAGAAGGAUUUUUUCCCUUCUUCCAAAAAAUUGUUGACACAUUUUUCAAAAAAUUUUCCUAAGCACUGUGAUUUACUUCAACAUUCAUGUGAUACAAGCUCUAUUUUUGUAACUUAUGUAAUAAAAGUAUUUUUCUGUGAAUUUA